CCUCACGCAGGAAUAGAUGGAUGAAAUGUUACUGGUGCCUGGCAGGUUUCGCUGGAGCUUGUGUGUGCCUGCAGGGGAAGCGCCUGCCGUCAGGACACUGCAGCUCUGCCCGCGUUGCUGUGUGAGGUGCGGCGGGAGCCCUCGCCGCCAGAGAGAGAAAGAGAAUGCUCCCCUCUUCCGUGAGGCUGGGCAAUAUCUCAGUACAACUUCAGAGACACUGUUCUUCAUAUUGUGCCUUUCUGCAAUGACAAUGAAAGCUGGCCAUGAAAGAAGAGAAUUAUGCUGCAGCCUGACAAGGGUCUUAAAUUGGAUGGUGUGGACUCCAGGUACUAAUGGAGAUGAGGAGACACUCCUGCUUUGUUUUUUUGUUCUGUGGGAUAUUUUUGCCUGGAAUCCUUGGUUUUCCACAGACAAAUUCCUCAAUUGAUUGUGAUUCUCUGUUACCAAACUAUGAAGCUGAACCACAGACAUCUGCACCACCAUAUAUUAUUGCUGUAUCUUUUGAUAACUUUGAGCCAGGAAAUGAAGUCCAAGUAACUCUAGAAGCACUUGAAGAUGCUGGGUUUAAAGGAUUUAAUCUACAAGCUCGAGAAAUAGAUGGAGAUGUUCCUGUUGGUACUUUUAAAAUUACAGAUCCAAACACGAAAGGCUUGGCAUGUCAUAACAUGACGAAUUCAGCAGUAAGUCAUGCCAAUUCAGAUGUGAAACAGAAGAUUACAACAACAUGGAUUGCUCCACAUGAUGUUAAAGAGCUUCAAUUUAUUGCAACUGUUGUUCAAAAUCUAGAGAACUUCUGGGUUGGAAUUCAAAGCAAAAGUCUCACACCUACUCAUUCUGAGUCAGUUAAUGCGACAGGAAAAAGUAAAAGGAAGCUUAUGAUAGAAUUAGAAUGUAACAAGCGUGGAGGGACUUACUCGACAGGCCGAUGCAUCCUGGUUGGACCUCCCAGUUCCUCUCAGAACAGCUACUCAAGCAGUCAGGGUGGAGUAGUCUACACAAUAAGCAAGAGUGGAUGUGGCCCUGGAGGUGCUGCUGGUACAUAUGGCCAACAUGCCUGCAGAGAUAGUGCAUCCUUAUCCACCAGUGGUCUUACUUAUGGCCAGUCUGUCCCUUCAAGCAGUUCAGAUUCCAGUAAGAAGGUAGUGGUCGUUGCCAACAGCAACCCUUUUCCACCUGUGCGUCACACCUUCCCUCAGAGUUUGGGAAGCUCUGCUACAAGGAUCAUAGUACAGAGUGGACAAAAACAGCAAACCAGCAGCAGUACUUAUAUUCAGGGUUCCCAAGGUAGUCAGUCCUACGGUCAGGUCUACAGACCUCAAGGUGGCAGUUCCUAUGGGCAGGGUGGACCAAGUUACUCAGGCAGCAGCAGCAGCAGCUCCUAUGGCCAGGGUUCCCAAGGCAGCCAGUCCUAUGGCCAGCAGGGUGGAUCUGUUGCUUAUUUCGGCAGCAGUGGCUGCGGACAAGGUGCCUCCUAUGAUAGCAAUCCCUGCCACCAGGGUGGAUCACAGGGUGGUCAGGGUGGUUCAUACUCCUCACAAAACUAUGGUGGCAGCCAACAGAGUGGAUCAUCAUCCUCCCAAAAUUAUGGUGACAACCAGGAUGGAUCCUACUCACAAAACUAUGGUGGUGGCCAAGGUGGAUCAUCCUCAGACACCUAUUAUGAUAAUCAGGAGUCACAAGAUUCCUCAUAUGAUAAUAAUCCCAAUGCUUGUGAUGAUAAUGACAGUACCUACAGUGCCAAUAACCAGCGUUCUGGUUGUGCAAAGAAGAAAGUUGUUGCCCGAGACACAUCACAUGUUUUAAGCAGAAGAGCCUAUGAUAUACAGAAUGCAUCUUCUUCUUCAAAUAGCAGCCACUCUGACAUGCAGGGUGGAUCAUUUAUUGCAACCAGUGGAUCAAGUAAUCAGGGUGGUUGCAUUUGUCCUGAUGGAAGCAGUGGUCAUAGACAGGGAGCCCCAGGUUCUGCAUACAGCACAUAUUCUGGUAACCAGGGAGGGCCUUUCUUCUAUCCUGGAGGAUCCUAUGGACAGGGUGGCCCAGGUUCUUCCCACAGCUCUUACUCUGGUAACCAGGGAGGGCCUUCCUACUAUCCUGGUGGAUCUUAUGGACAAGGAGCUCCAGGCUCUUCACACAGCACAUAUUCUGGUAACCAGGGAGGGCCUUUCUUCUAUCCUGGAGGAUCCUAUGGACAGGGUGGCCCAGGUUCUUCCCACAGCUCUUACUCUGGUAACCAGGGAGGGCCUUCCUACUAUCCUGGUGGAUCUUAUGGACAGGGAGGGUCUUCUGUUUAUGAUGGCAGCAGUGAAUCCUAUGGUCAGGGUGGAUCUUCUGCAUAUAGUGGUUCUGACACAUAUGGCCAGGAUUCACCUUCCAUGGGAGUCAGUGAAACUGAAGAUAGUGGUUCCUCCUCACAGUCCGGUAGCCGCCAGAGUGAACGGGAUUUUUAUUCCCCAGGAGGCAGCCAGUCAGGUGGACAUGGGUCAUCUUCUCAAAGUGGUAGUUACUCCAGUGGACAGGACUCAUACUCAUCUGGAGGCAGCCAGUAUGGUGGACAGGGUUCACCUUCCUCAGGAGGCAGCCAGUCUGGUGGACAGGGUGGAUGUGAUUGCUCUGGGGCAAGUUCUGGUGGAUCCUCUACUUUAGUCAGAAGUGAUUCCUCUGCAAAUGACUCAUCUUCUUCUGGAGGCAGCCAGUACAACAGCCAGGAUUCAUAUUCCUCUGGAGCUAGCCAGUAUGGAGGACAUGAGUCAUCUUCUUACGGAGGCAGCCAGUAUGGUGGACAAGGUUCACCUUCCUCAGGAGGCAGCCAAUAUGGUGGACAGGGUUCACCUUCUUCAGGAGGCAGCCAGUAUGGAGGACAGGGUCCAUAUUUCCCAGGUGGCAGCCAUUAUGGAGGACAGGGUAUAGCUUCUUCAGGAAGCAGCCAGUAUAGUGGACAGGGCUUUUCUUCAGGAGUCAGGCAGUCUGGUGGACAGGGUGGGUGUGUGUGCCCCGGUGGAGGUUCAGGCUCUUACGCAGGAACCAACUACCAUGGUGGACAGGGUUCAUAUCCUGGAAGCAAUCAGUAUGGUGGACAGGGAUCUUAUCCCUCAGGAAGCAGCCAAUAUGGUGGGCAGGGCCCAUACUCUUCUGGGGGUAAACCACAUGGUAAACCAGGUUCCUCUUCCUCAGGAGGCAGUCAUCAAGGAAAGCCAGGUGGCUCUGGCUCAGGAAGCACCUACUCUGGGAAACCGCAAUCACCUUAUUCAGGAGGCAGUCAAGUGAGCUCUGCUGGGAAACACUCCACUCCCCAACUCCUGAUGUUAUUCAGUGUUUUGAGUGCCUUUGCUCUCUCUGCUGCUGUAUCAAAAUGGUCUAUAUGAACUUCUGAAAUGUUACUUGACAUCCUAAACACGGAUUAUAAUCUGUAUUAUUAGAUUAUGUAAUGUAAGAAAAAAAUACCAUUAAGUCAAAUUGGCAGAUGCUACUUGGCUGUUAUGUUGCAUGUCUAGCUGAUAUGUCACGCCCCUCAUUAGUUUACCUCUGGUUUUAGUCAUUAGUAGAUAUCAUUAGUUGUAUCAGUGUUUUAGGCAUCAUUUUAAGAGAGCAUAUUGUACCCUACCUGUAUGAUUUAUUUUUAUUUCCAAUAGGGAACACAGUGAACACCUACCUGAAACGAUUGGUGUGACAAGUUAAUACUUAGGAAAUGUUUGGUUAUUAACCAAAGUGGAGAAGGUGAAAUAAAUUGUUCUAUAUGCAAACUGAACACUGUGCAUGGUAAUCAUCACAUAAGAUAAGGUGAAGCAGUUCUGAUAAGCAGUUCUCCAUGGGACAGAAGAAAAGAUGCUGAAGUAGUAUUAGAGUAUUGGUUUUAGUCUUUUGAAAUCAAAUGCAAAUUCAAUAUGGAGAUUGCAAAACAAAAAAAACCUCUUCAAAACUCCACAGGACUUAAAAUUUUUUGGGUUAAUUCAAGUUUAUUCAUUAGAAAAAUGAAACAGCUCAGAGCAAAGACAUUAUGAUCUCCAUUCAAUCUAACUACAAAUACCUACAGUUUUGUAGAGAAACAUGUAAGUCAAAUGUACUCCACAUUAGGCUGAUAAAC